UACACAUCAAGGAUGCGCUCGAUAAUAAUUUUUAUUAUUCUCAUGGCAGUGGCGCUGACGGAAUGCAAGAGAGUGUUAGGAAUUUACGGGCAUCCCGGCAAAAGCCACCAGACAUUCGGAGAGGUGAUAUUGACGAAAUUGGCGGAACGAGGUCAUAAGGUCACUAUGGUGAGCGCAUUCCCAUUGAAAGACCCGAUUCCCAAUUACAAGGAUAUCUAUUUAGAUGGUUUCUUAGAAGAGAUCGAUAGCGAUGAGAAGAUUUACCUAGAAAUGGGAAGUAACAUCUUCUCGAACUUCUUAGGAGCAUUUAAACUGAUUUGGCACUUCACUAACAGAACAUUCGGACAUCCAGCCAUGCACAAACUGAUACAGUCUGGAGAAAAGUACGACUUAAUCAUUAUGGACUGGUUCAUGAAAGACGCAGAACUGUUCUACGGGAAUAUCUUCCAAGCACCAAUUAUAUUUACCUGUUCCUUCGGAGCUCAGGCAGAGGUUAAUUAUUUGACCAAUAACCCCGAGCCAUACUCAUAUGUACCUGUUAGUGGAUUCUCAUUUACAGAAGAAAUGAAUUACUUUGAUAGGAUAGGUAACACACUGGGUGCACUGUUUUUGGAAGCGUUUCUGUUCUAUAACAAAAUUCAGCAUCAACGCAUUCUCAACAGUUACUUUCCAAAUGCUCCAAGUAUUGAUGAAUUGAAGAGUAAUGUCGAUCUCAUUUUUUCCAAUAGCCAUCCUACUUUUGAAUCACCAAGGCCUUACGUACCAAAUAUCAUAUCCAUUGGUGGUGUCCACGUCCAAGAACCGAAACCAUUACCGCAGGAUUUAAAAGAGUUUUUGGACAAGUCUCAAGAAGGAGUUGUGUAUUUCUCACUAGGGUCUCAUAUGAAAAUAUCUGCACUACCAUCAGACAUUCUUAAAUCCAUUCUACGGGCAUUUGCUCGAAUUCCACAGAAUGUUUUAUUAAAAUGGGAAAAAGACGAAGUUCCAGAGCUACCUCGUAAUGUGAAAAUUCGGAAAUGGAUGCCACAAAACAGCAUUUUAGCACAUCCCAAUGUUAAAGUUUUUAUAACACAUGGUGGUUUGAUGAGCAAAAUAGAAGCUAUUUACCACGCCACCCCUAUGAUAGGAGUACCAUUGUUUGGAGAACAAAACAGUAAUGUAGCCCAUUCAGUGCAUGAAGGAAUAGCAAUUAAAUUGUUGAUAAGUGAAUUGAACGAGGACAACCUCUUCGACGCCAUAAGUAAAAUAAUUAAUGACAGCAGUUACAGUGAAAAAAUAAAAAAGAAAUCAGUUCUCCUAAGGGAUCAACCCAUGAAGCCAAUAGAUACAGCCAUCUACUGGGCAGAAUUCGUUAUGAGGUACAACGGAUCGAAGCAUCUUCAAAACAAGGGCAUGAGCCUGUAUAGGUUCCAGAAUCUCCUCCUAGAUGUAGUGUUAGUCUUCAUCGUUGUGAUAGUAUCGAUCAUGAUAAUAUUUAGGAAACUGCUUGUUUCAGUCAUGCAUUUAUUGAGCGGAGAAAGGACAUCCCAAAUGGUGAACAAGAAAAAGAAAAGAAGCUAGUUAUAAAAAAAUAUAUUUUAACACAUGAAUAAAUUUAGUACAAUUGU